AUGACAAGACAGAUAAGAUCUGCCAACAUUGGGCUGAUUCUGGCCUUGGUCCUUAUGGACAAUAUUCAAGAGGAUUCCAUAAGCACACAUACAGACACAUUUACUCACACAGCCACACAUACAUUUCUUCACAGAGGAUCAUCAGCUCCAGCGUUAACGUGUGGAAUUCAACGGCCUGUUCUACGGAUCGCGGGUGGCGUGAAUGCCCAGCCUGGCGAGUGGCGGUGGCAAGUCAGUGUCCAAUAUCGCAACCAACAUGUAUGCGGAGGAAGCCUCAUUAAUGAUCAAUGGGUUGUCACUGCUGCCCAUUGCUUUUUCGAGAUUGGGAAAGAAAUCCACGUGGACCGUUGGAGCGUGCUCUUGGGAAGUCUGAAGCUGACAGGCCGGAGGGGCAGAGGGUCAAAACGGAACGUCUCCAUGAUUAUCCCUUACGAAAACUACACCAGCUACGAGACGGGUCAUGACAUCGCUCUGGUGCACCUGGCCAAGCCUGUGCGCUUCAACAAAGACAUCGCGCCCAUCUGCCUGCCCUAUGCUGAUCACCGUUUCGCCUUUGGGACCCAGUGCUGGUUGACUGGCUGGGGAGACGUUGACGCCAAUGUCCAUCUGCCAGACCCCAUGCCCCUCCAAGAAAUAACCAUGGACCUCUUGACCGUCGACACCUGCAACUGCAUUUACAGCAAUCUGCGCAACAGGCGGAUCAUCAACCCUGCCUUGCCUGGCAUGGUCUGUGCCCUGACCCCUGACCGCAAGAGAGGACCUUGUAAGGGUGACUCAGGCGGCCCGCUGGUUUGCCUGGAGAAUGGCAGAUGGUUCCAGGCUGGGGUCAUGAGCUCCUCGUUGAGUUGUACCCAAUUCUACGGUCCCACCCUCUUGACGGACAUGAGAGCCUACGCCAAUUGGAUCCAGCAUCAUGUUGAAGGGGCCUCCUUUGCCAAUCAGAUUGAGCCCAUACCCAACACCACUGACAGUUACAUGUGCACAGACUGUGGGGUCCUGAAACAGGAGAACAAACCAUGGCCUUGGUAUACAAGCCUACGGUAUCAAGGACAGCAUGUCUGUGGAGGCACUUUAAUUGGUGAAGACCGGGUGCUGACUGCUGCCCAGUGCUUCAUUGGCCGCCAGGAACCCGAAGAGUGGGAGGUGUUACUGGGAGAGCAGCUGGACGGAGGGAAUCAAACGUGGCAAGAGAAGAGGACUGUCCAAAACAUUGAGCUACACGGUCUCUACGUCGACAUGAUGGAAGGUUACGACAUUGCGGUAGUCACCCUGGCGCAACCUGUGGUGUUC